GCUGAGUCAGUCAUUCCCUCGCGCGAACUGCGACAACAUCAGGAUCAUACGAUUGUUUCACGCGCAAACACAGUGGUGAUAACGCUAACAAGUAAUAAUUUAUAUAACUACACAAAGUAUAAUUAUUACCCCGUUGAGUACCCUCUCUUCGACUGAUCUCCCGUUGAUCAAUCAGAAAGAUGGAUAUUAGGAUCUUCGUGCUGCUUGUUUUCGUCGGUGUCCUAGGAUCUCUCGCGGAGGCCCGAGCUGGCUUCGUUAGGUAUCCUAGAAAUGGAGAUGUACGCAGGGAUGUACCGCCGGAAUUCGCCGCGUCCAGGUCGAAACGGGAGGUCGGUGAUUCGAACGGUGAGACCGCGAAUUCGAGCGAGACUACCGUCAAACCCACCACUACCACCACCCCGGCGACCACGACGACCUCCUCGACCACAACAGAUCCCACGACGACAGAUCCCACGACGACAGAUCCCACGACGACAGAUCCCACGACAACGGGUCCCACGACAACGGAUCCCACGACAACGGUACCUUCGACCACCCCGACCACCGAGCCGACCACCACCACCACCACCACCAGAACUACCACCACGACAACUACAGAAGCGACGACCCCCACGACAACGACCGCUACGCCGUCGACUACCACCCCAAUGUCCACGACACCCGCCACCACCCCUACGACACCCACCACCGCGUCACCCACCACCGCCGGCACGACUCCCGAAAGCACCACGCCGACUCCGGAUAGCACGAAACCGACGAAGAAACCGGCGAACGAUAUUGCGUCACGUUCGAAUUUCGAUGACCCCGAAGACUCUCCCAUGAAACCUGGAUCGUCGUCUAAGAACGAUGCAGCGCCAAGUCCUGGACCAUACUUUGGCCCAGGUGCCUUCGGCCCCUACUUUGGCCCUGGUUUUGGUUCAGGUUUCGAUCCCUACUUUGGUUAUCCUGAACCCAACUUUAUCCCAGAUUCCAGCCCGAACUAUGGGUGGCCCAAUAGCGGAUCAGGAGUCGCGUCUGCCGGCGCGUCCGCUGGAAGUUACGCGGGAGGAUAUUCCGGAAUGGGAUAUCCCUCGUCAGGAUAUCUCUCGUCAGGAUAUCCCUCGUCAGGAUAUCUCUCGGCAGGAUAUCCCUCGGCAGGAUUCCCCACGUCAGGAUUUCCCGCGGCGGGAUCGUCGAGUGUCGUUAGUCGAGGAGGAUUUCAGGAUAAUUCGCCGGAUCAGACCGGAUAUAAUCCUAACGCAAUAGAUCCAUUGUACAACGCAGGAUUCGCCUUUCCAGGACAAUUCCCUGGCUUCAACGACCCUGCUUUCGAUAUGUUCAAGCAGAUACAGGCGCAGAUAGAGGCGCAGCAUCAAGCACUCGCCGAUUCUAUGGCUUCCCAACGGCACGCUUUUAUGACAGAUCAAGGGAGAAGGUCGAAUAGACGUAACUACUCUUACUCUUACGUUUCGGGCAAUACGGAAGACCUUGGACGUCGUCCGACGUUCGACGACUCGUUCUACCCAGGUGUUGGUGUUAGUAAUAUGGAGUUCCACAAUCGCUUGGCCAGCGAAGCCGCUAACUACGGAGGCACGCCGCAAGUCGCAAGUGCCAGUAUCGGUUUAGGUCCGAAAGGUGGCUUCCAAGCGGGCCACAUCAGUCCCGCUGCCCCUGGUAUAGAGUCCAGAUUUGCCGAAGAUCUUCCUCCGCCGUCGGGCAACAGCUUCGGAGUGUUUGCCAGUUCCAGUUCCUCCAGCCACACCGGCCCGGACGGCAAGCAGGUCAACCACAAGUCGUCCGUCACCGGAGUCAACGACAACGGGAAGAUUUCCUACCGCACGGUGCACGAUUAAUAAAUUAUCACGGCCUCGUUCGCAAUUAUUUUCGUAACCACGCUAAUUUUCUGUGAUCUGUCAAAAUCCUGCCGUGAGGACGAGGAAUUUUCCAAAUUCAGAAUUCCCGACGUUGACAUUUGCGAACUAGUUAGUCCGGGCUCAAUUAUCUCCUCAAGAUUACCACGUAAAUACUCAAGUUUCUAAGAGAGAACCAAUAGAGCCUCCCUGCAAAAUUCCCAUCGUGCUUUCUCAUCGAUACUUGACUUUCGCAAAUACACACCCGUACGUGACGUCUACUUACGUCGACGAUCAGACUCCGAUUACCCUUAAGCGAGGAAGAAUAACUUGUGAUGUACAUUAAGACGUUUCAAUAAACCUUCUUGCGUCGACCUUACAUUCCGUUCGACCGGAACGUCGACGUCUUGCAACUAAU